CUGUUAAAGUGCAAGUUGGACAAAAUAUUUAAACAAAAAAAAGGUAUGAACAUUUGCUUCUUGUAAGCAAGAAAGCUGCUUUAAAAAAGGGGAACAAAGCGUUUGUUUUGUAUAAUGAAAAGUUUUCCCUGUACUUGUAGGACUGAAUACAGUGUUACCCCUAUACACUGCCAUUUAGUGCAUAGGUUACGUUACUUCCAUUGUACUCUGGGCACUUCUGUUGUUCUGUCAUACAACUGAUCAUUUUAUUUUCUGUCAUAUUUUAGUCAUAUAUGCAUUACGAAGUAUUAUAACAACGUUUUGCUGCUACUGUGUAAUGUUAUUUUGCUUGCCAUAAAUUCUCAGCUUCCUACCAUACAGAAUACUGAAUCAUGAACUGCUUUGCUUUGCUGGGUUUCUUUUUCUUUCUUUCUUUUCUUUUCUAUUUCUUUUCUCUCUUUCUUUUCUUUUCUUUUUCUGUGGAUCUUAAAAGAAUGUGAAAGCUGUCAAGGGUGUUUAAUUUUUACGAAUCACUUUCUUGUUUGGUAAAGUAGGAUAAUGUGAUUCAUUCCAAAGUAACAGAAGGCUGUUUGUAUGAAAGUAAAAGGCUUGUGAACAAAGAAAGCUAAGCUGUUGUACAUAUUCGUAGUUGGCUGUGCAUGGUACAAAUUUAUUAAUAUGAAGAAAUGCAAAAAUGUAUUGCUUUUUGGUAUUCCUAUUCUGAGAUGAACAAGUAGCAUGUAAUGCAACUGUUUGACAGGUUAAAUCAAAUCAUGCUUAAAAAUUGUUUCAAACGAUGAAAUCAAGUAACAUUUCAUUUUCCUUUUUAAUUAUUGUACAGGUGUUUUCUUUUUGUUCAAGUUCAAACACAAAACGUCACACUUUUUAAUUCUCUUUUAUGUGAACUUUUUAAUGUUCUUAUUUAGAUUUUUAGUAUUUUAACAUUUAUUUUAAUCCUGAAGACACUUUUUGAUUGUGUUUCAUAAGAGACAUCUUGGCCUCCUAAGGUGCAAUCCUGCCUCUGUCCAAAACAUAAGCGACUGUCCUGAUUCCAAAGGCUUUAGAACAUGCUUUGGCCUUUCCCUGAAUGUGGAGCAGCAUUACGAGACUGAGCUGUCAGCUGGCACCAUGCGCUAAGGUGUUAGCCUGGACCAGAAUGCUUCCCACACAAAGGACUGGUAAAGCAAAUAAACGGAAGAAAAAGAAAAAGAAAAAAAAAAACUAAGGAUGGUCCAACAAUAUAACUGUACAUAAAUGUUGCAACUGCACAGCAGCCAAAAAGAAAAAAAAAAGACAAAAAAAAAAACCUUUUUAUGGAUGGAUAGUGUGAAGCAUAAGAGGACACCUUCUAAAGGUCGAAAUUAGGAUUGUUCUUCUGGAUAUCAAAGGGAUCAUCACGGCGCAAUCAUAUUCUUCACAAUAUGUACUCUCAACGCCUGGGUAACACAGGAAAUGCACCCCGAGGUUUUAAUAAAAAAGAAGCCCCUAUGGCUAAAACUUUAAAUAAACUAAACCAAAAAUGUUAUUGAUGUUUUAUAUAUAGAGAGUAGUCUCAUUAGUUUUUGUUACUGUAAUGUUUGAGGUCUCAGCUGUACCGUAUUACGGUAAUAACAUGGUUUUGAAACUUUUUUAUUUUGUCACAGACCUGUUGUCAUAGUUGAAAUGACGUUUAUUGUAGAUGGUAUUUGAACAACUUCUUCUGGAAAUAGUUCAUCAAGUAUGUUUGUUGCUCAUUGUUGUGAUACAUUAAAAACUGUAUCUGCAAACCAG